AUGGAUCGGCGCUUCAACGCCCACUGCCUCGAGGAGUACUGGAACGCACACAUCCACUACAAGGCCAACUCGGCGGCGAUUUGGGCGAAUGACGGCUGGAACAUCUUGCAGCAAGAGGGCUUCCACGGCACCUGCUUGGACGGUGGUGGACGCUUCUACUUUACCAUGCUGGGAACUCAGUUCCUCAAAGCCGACCUCGGCAUCUGCGCCCCACCUUCCUGCACGGAGGACGACAUCACGUGGCGGGUGUUUCCGCUGAUCUUCAGGCAGUUCUUCGACUACGGUGAAGAGCAUGGACUCCACUUUGCUGUGCACUAUCAGCAGUACCAACCACUCACCUGGGACUUCGUCGCGUCCUUUCCGUUCCAGAUUCGACUGGGUCUCUUCUCUCUGGCCUUCUUGGCGUUGAUGGGCUCGCGGCCCUGGUUCUACGGCGACACUGAGGAGGCUGGAGCUUCGUGGCCUCUGCCUUGGGUCUUGGCUUCUGCGGUGGCAUCCCAGGAGGUAAUGCUCUACACUCGCUGGAACAUGUACGCCUGGUUUGCUGACAAUUGGGUCCCAUUCCAGGCGUUUGCGUGGCUGGGCUCGGUAGCGAUGGAGGCGUUCCUGGCGCUUCAGCUUCUCGUCCUCCUCCGGGCAGCAGCGGCUGCGAGCCGCGAGGGGCAGGCCUGGCGCGCGGCCGGGCUCUGCCUCCGGCGCCUCUGCGCCUUUUGCUGCGCCGCGGCGGCCUUCGGCGUCCUGGCGCAGGGCGCCUCAAGGCUGACGGUGAACCGCUUCUCCUCCGGGAUGUGGAUCCAGGGCUGGCUACACUGCCUCAACUGCUGCGUCGAACCGGACGUUCGUGUGCUUCUGAGUGGCGGGGAUGGCUGCCGAUUUUUCGCGCCGCUGCGUGCCGGCGCCCUGAGAGCCCUCCUGGCUGCGCCUGCCACACUCCUGGCGUCCUGGUGCCCCUCCCUGGCCACCGCUCUUGCGCUCCUGGGGGCAGUGUUGUCCAAGGACGUCGACGUUCACCGCUCGCUGCUUGGCGUCGCUGGCGCCACCUUCGUCGCCCAUGUGGUAGACAAUCCCGGCAUGCGCCUUGACGCUGGGUGCAAGCGCAUCUAUGGCGAGGCCUAUGGGACUGUUCGAUGGUUGCCUGUGCUUUUCCAAUCGUUCCAAGCGUGUCAGGAAAGCCCAGGGUCUGCGCAUGUGCGUUUGGCCGGGUGCUCCAAAGCGGCGAUGGCGCCGCUAACACGAAACAAGUCAGAGCACUGUGGUUGCCGCCCUUCGCCGGAUCGGAUCGAAGCUUAG